UCUAUCUCAUUCCUUCUCACUCGUUUGUCUCUCUUUUCGUUUCAACUUAACCCCAAGAUGCCAGGCGUUACAGUGAAAGACGUAGAUCAGCACAAGAUUGUCCGGGCGGUGGCCUCGUUCCUCAAAAAGUCCGGAAAACUAAAGGUGCCCGAAAAGAUGGACAUCGUGAAGACGGGCAAGUACAAAGAGCUCGCUCCAAGUGAUCCAGAUUGGUAUUACAUUCGAUGCGCCUCCAUUCUGCGCCACAUGUACCUCCGUCAUCCAGCUGGAGUGGGUUCCAUCACCCGCAUCUUCGGUGGACGCAAGCGAAAUGGUGUCCAUCCCUCUCACUACUGCCGUGCUGCUGACGGAGUUGCCCGGAAGGCACUGCAAUCGCUCGAGGCGAUGCAACUGAUUGAGAAGCAUCCCGAUGGUGGACGCAAGCUCACAUCCAAGGGACAGAGGGAUCUCGAUCACAUUGCCAAUAAGAUCGUUGGCAAGCUGAGGGCAGCCAAGAAGGAAGCUGGACCCAUUAUCAUCUCCUAAAGUACUUUCCGGAUGCCACAGUGAGAUGUAAGAGAUGAAAAUUAAAUAAAGACCGCAAUUGGAUCCAA